AUGUCCUGGGCAGGCUUCUCGUCCGUUCGUAUCUCGGGACAGUCUGGCUCAUCCACGACCCCGUCAUUCAGCACUACGACAUCCUCGUUCUCAUCCUCAUCCACAAGCCUUGCGUCGUCCGCAAAGCCAUCCUUCUCUCCCAAUCCCUCUUCCUCUUCCUCGCCGUCAGUUUCAAUUUCAGCAACUUCAUCAACCUCAUCACAUACAACGCACCCUCUCCCUCGCCCUGUGUGCAGACACAUCCGCUGCCAUUCUAAUGACAACAGGAACGACGGCAACAACGAUGACUCGGACGGCUCGACCAUCACCGUCUUCUACCGUCCCCUACCCACCACCUCCCCGUCCGCGCCUGGACACGAAUGCGCGCAACCCUCGGCAUCGGGAGCAGGCUCGGCAUCGACAUCCCGGGUCGAGAGCAGCGUGAAUGGGACCGGCCACCGCCACUCCAGCUAUGCAACUCCUCCUCCGCGUCCACCGCCACUGUCGGAGAAAGCGCUAGGGAAAAGACCGGUGGUGGACUGGAGGAGGAGGGAUGUUAUGGAUAUUAAGGCUCACGGCCACGAUUCACUUGUUGCUGAUCGUCUUCGGGGUUUGCGGAUCGAUGAUGGUGGGGGGAGGAAGCGUGGUAAGGGGGAUGUGAGGAGAAGGAGGAAGCGUGCACGUGGUGGUGGUGAUGGGGAAAAGUGGGAGAUGGAGGAAAGGAGGGAAAGGAGGAAGGGGGAAGUGGAGAGGUUGGAUGUGGGUUGGAGGAGCGUGUUGGCCCCCGAAAUAGCACACGCCGAGUACCUGACGGUCGAUGUCGGAGAGCCCGGCCACCCUCAUCUGGUACGUCCACUCUUCUUCCCGCUUUUCGCUCCUGAUCUUGUCGAAGAGGAGAUCGCAAGCGAAGAAGUGCUGACCGAGGCGACGAUAAACAGAUUUCGUGUAUCAAGGAGGAGCAGGGCUGGGAGUGGAAUUCGUUGCUUCGUGCAUUGCUACUCCAGCUCACUGCUCACUUCUCCCCAUCCCGCUUAUUCCCGCGACACUUUCAGCUUGUCCACUUUCGAGAGACACUCGGUCACCUCAAUCGAUCAAAACCAAGACACUGACCCCAUUGCCGCAGCACUCUUCCUCCCCAGCUACCUCCGCCAUCGCCUCCCAGCCCGCUCCCCCUCCUCCAGCCAGCAAUUACCCUCUUCUUCCGCCACCGGGACAUCGGUAGCCUCCUCAUCUACUCCCCACCAUUCCAACGCCAACGCAAACAGUGACUGGCGCGAGGACGACAUCGACCCUGCGUCGCCAAUGCACUCUUUCAAUACGGAUUACCUCUAUCACAAGUCUGACUCACCUGUCGUCGACAUCUUCGUUACCGACGAGGACAGUCGGUGGGUUUGGGGCGAGGCGUGGGAGGGGGAUGGUGGGAAUAGGGUUGGGAAAGAGGGGGAUGGUGGGAUGACGGAUGGACGGGAGAAGGGGGAGGGGGGAAUGGGAGAGGAGAGGGUAGAUGGGGAACAAAAGGGAGAUUAUACAGAGGACGGAGAGAAGGAGGAGGAGGAGGAAGGAGGAUGGCCGAGAGGGUGCUGGGGGUGCCUUGGGAGUUGA